UUGUUUUUCCCGUCUCUAAGUUUCUUUAGAAAUUAAUAAUUACCUUUAAACGCCCACCGGAGGCGGAGGAAGAGGAACCUGUAGCUGUUUGUGUAGAGGCCUCUAGCCCAGGAGUGACGGUUGGUGAUCUCUCGGCGGCAGUGUCCUUCGCGCUCUCACUUUGCGACAGGACCUUACCGGCUGCUGUCGGUUAGCGGCAGAAAUCCCGGGCGGGGAUCGGUUCCCCCUCGGUGACGGAGCGGACUCCCGGGCCAAGCGAGGAUGGAGGUGAAAGACCGAGAGGGGAGUGAUGAAAACAUGAAAGUCACAGUUCAAAUGCUCAAAUCCAGAACUGGACAAUUCGAUUUGGAGUCAAUUCUGUUCCUGAAGCUGAGGAAUAUUGGGAUCACCAAUCUUGGAUGUAUCGGAGACUGUGUAAAUGUAGAAAGACUGGACUUGUCAGGAAAUGACAUCUCAAACCUCGCUCCCCUCACAUCACUCAAAGUUCUGAUAGUGCUCAACCUGUCAGCCAAUAGGAUCUCAAAUCUUGAUCCCCUAUGCUCCUGUGAAAACCUACAAAACCUCAAUUUAUCAGGAAACCUAAUUAGCAGUGUUGAUAGUCUUCGGUCCCUCUCUGAGCUGAAGAAUCUGGAGGUGAUUCGGUUGAAAGACACUGUUUGCAACUUUAGUAAUCCAGUUUGUAUGAACACUGCGUAUCACAGUGCAAUGUUGGAAAUCUUUCCGAAAAUCAAAUCCUUAGAUGGAGAGAGGCUAUCAGGAAGGGGUAGCGAUUUGUAUCAGCUCUGCAAAAAGAUGGAAGAUUCUCUGAAAGAAAUGUUGUUUUUACCUCUGGAGAGCCAGGAGUUGAGCACAGGCCUCUGGAUCCAGGAUAGGGACACCACCACCACCACAAAUCAUCACCUCAUAGCCUGUCCAUCAUUUAUAAGACACAUAUCAAGAGUGUUACAGAAUAUUCUCCACUAACCUGGAUAAUCACAGCUGCAACACCUCAAGCAGCCUGACACCAUCCAGGACAAAGCAUUCCACUUGAUUGACACCCUAUCCACCUCCUUCAACAUUAAUUCCCCCAGCGCCUACACAGUAGCAGCAGUGUCUACCAUCUCCAAAUUGCACUGCAACAAUUCAGCAAUGCUCUUUCAACAGUACUUUCUAAACUGGCAGCCUCUACCACUGACCAGGAUGAAAAACAUGGAAAUACCUCCACUGCAAGUUUCCUCCAACCAUCACCAUCCUGACUUGGAAAUGUAUCACCCACUUUUGGAAAUGUAUCACCCACUCCUUCACCAUUACUGGGUAAAAGUCCUGGAACUCCUACCCUUUGUGCUGUGGAUGCUCUUACUCUCUAAGGGGUGAAGUGGUUCAAGUAGAGAACUCACCAUCAUCUUCUCAAGAGCAUUUAGGGAUGGGCAACAAAUGCUGGCCCAGCCAGCUACAUCCAUGUUCCAUGAACAAAUGUUUUAAAAUCUUGUUAGUGAGAAUUAUGUGCUUUCAAUCUUACCAUAUUUGUAGCAAGUUUUAUCCUGUGUUGUUGUUUAUCCUUCUGUGAUGAUAACUGAUCCUAAUGUUUUAAAAAAACAGGGGCACGACUGCACCAAAACACACACAUACAUAUCUAUAUGGGUGCAGUACUGAAGAAAUGUAAAGUGUAGGAAUGCCAUGGAAGCAGUUUCUGCUGUAUUCCAAGUGCCAAUAAUGUGAUAUUCAUCAAUUACCCAGACUCGGAGAAAGUGAGGACUGCAAAUGCUGGAGAUCAGAGUCAAAAGUAUGGCGCUGGAAAUUACCCAGUAAAUUUAAAUCCUUAACAUUAAGGUUUAUGCUUUUUAAAAUUUGAAACUGGCAAUCAAGGAGAACUAAUUGGAAAUGUUAAAGAUUGGCUUUAGUUAUAAAGUAAAAGUUAGAAAACAAAUCACUCAAAUGUAUAGUGUACAACUUAUCGACUCACUUCACAGAAGCAUAGAUUUGGAAAAACUAAAGGUAUCUUUUUUUUUCCAGAACUAAUUACACCAAUCUUU